AUGUCCCCGAUCCCGACGUCCUCACCAAACCUAUACUCUUCUUUCCUCCCCAUCCCUCUCCUCCUCUCUUCUUGUCUCCCCGGCGUAUCUUCAACCUUCUCGACGCAUUAUAUCUAUGUCAGACCAAACCGACCCUCUCAUUCAAAGCAAUCCACCCAAUCCACCCUUGCAGAUACCACCUCAUCCGACAGAACGAUAUUCCUAUGUAACCUCCCAGUAGAUAUGACCGAUAGACAUCUUCGAUUGAUAUUCCAACGAUGGGGGGUCCUUGAAUCUAUCACUUUAUCUUCAAGUUCUACUGGUGAUAUUUUAGAAAGUGUCAUUUUGGCCGAUGAAGAAGAAAAUUUUCAUUCCGAUUCCGAUUCUGAUUCUGAUUCUGCGUCUCAAUCUGAUCAUGUGGAAUCAAAGGACAAUAACGAUGUUUCGAAGGAAUCAAAAUACCAUAACGAUAUCGAUACCACUGCAGAAGAUGAGGUGAAAAACAAGAUACCCGAAUUAACAUUCAUAAACUCUAAUAUCUCUCGUCGUGAAAAACGUAGAAAACGACAAAUCACAAAAAUACCUUCAAUCAUACCACUUCCUAAUCCACCUCGUCCAUUUGGGAAAUCAGGUUUAAGAACAGCACACAUAACAUUUCUUUCGAACAUUUCUCUUAAUAGAUUAUUCUCUUCUUCUCCCAAUCCAAUCCAAAUGAACGAUUAUCUAUCAUCUUCUCACCAUACCUCUAUACGCUCUGAAACAAGGAAAGAACUUCAGAAACGUAAGGAAGAAAUGGAAAGGGAAGAUGGGGAUGAAGUAGUACUUGGAUUAAAUCAUUAUUUGAAAAGAUAUAAUUCUUCAAGACCGAAUUUAUCACUUAUAAAAGUUCAUGCGGAUAGUGCUUUGGAUAAAUACGAUCAUUUACAUUCUCUUUUAUUAUCUUCUCGUGCGAGGAAAAGAGGAGCAGGAGCUUUAGUUGAUGAUGAGGGUUUUACGGUUGUCGUUAGGGGUGGUAGACAUGGUAGGACUGGAGGUGAAAUGGGUGUUGGUGUAGUUAGUCAAAAAGGAAAUUUGCAAAAGUUUGAACGGAAGAAGAAAUUGGAAGUAGUUGGGGAAUUUUAUAAGUUUCAACGUACUGAUAAGAGAAGACAAGAACUAGCAGGUCUUCGAAAACAAUUCGAAUCGGAUAAAGCGAGAGUGGAAGAGAUGAGAAAUUCUAAACGAUUAAAACCUUAUUGA